AUGCUCAGCGUAGCCAGAGAAAGGGAAGUAAUCCUGAGGCACUCGGUUUCUAUAUUCCUAGUGAUGACGAUCCAGAUAAUGCCUUCCGCGAUGAUUGGUACCAUCUGUGCCAGCAUUAUGGUGGCAAUAUAUUAUGUCUAUUGGUGGUAUCACGAACGUAAGAAGCUUUAUGAACUGCGCUGUAUCCGACAAAAGCUACCUAGUGACCUCGAUACGUGGAGAGUACCUGGAAGGACACGAGAUGACGAAGAGAGAAUCUGGGAAACUUUGGACCCAGUAUUCCGAGACCGAGGGUUGACUCUCUGGCCCAAUUCCUUUGGUUGCACUCUCAAGACUCCCGGCACAGCUUAUCCCACCUCAAGUGGUUUCGCGUAUGUCACACCGAAUCGGAGCAUCCUCAAGGGAAUAGGUUCUGUGUACCACCUCAUGUGCUUCGAUUAUACCAAUCCUCUCACACGCAUGGCGCGUACGCCGGAUGGACAUGAUGUGGCCGUCCGCGUCAUUGUCAUCAAAAACGAAGGACACGAACAUCUGAAGAUCCUGAGGAAAAUCGCCACAACUCCUCGGAGCCUGCUCAGUACUAAUCACACUCUUCCUAUGAUCGCCGAGUUUGGAUACGAGGACAUCAUCUUUGGAAUCUUUCCUAGAGUUGGCAGCUCAAUGAAGGAAGCAUUCGGUUAUUGGGCAAAAAAUUCCAUCGGGGACGUGAUGGAUAUGCUUUUGCAAGCCUUAGAAGCUUUAGCGUUCAUCCAUGACAUGAAUAUUGCGCACCGUGAUGCGUUCCAUGACAAUUUUCUGGUUCAAUGGCAGCCCGAGUCAAUGCAUUCCAUGACCAUUCCCACAUCCCGCCCUCGUGUAUACCUGAUAGAUUUCGAGGUGGCUGUGGAGUAUCCAGAAGAAUGCCCUCUGGCGGAACGUCUCACAACUGGAUACCCUCUAGGUGGCUCUUUUCUUGAGCCUGCCAUGUAUUCUCGGCCUCUCGCACCUGAGAUGACCACUAAUAAGCCCUACUGCCCCUUCAAACUGGAUGUCUGGCAGUUGGGCUACAGUUUUACUAGCGUUGAAUUCAAGACUACAAUAACCGAUAUAGAUACAAUUCUGCAUGAUAUGGUUCAUGCUCAACCUACAGCUCGGAAGAGUGCAGGCGAGACAUUAGCAAUAUUGAAAAAUGUUAUUCACAACAUUCCACCAACUUCCUUGCUCAUUUGUCCCAGCAUUAUAGAAUAA